AUGCCAGUUCCAAUCGAAUUCUCAGCUGAUGACACAGUAAACAUAUUGGUGUUAGUUGAACUGGAUUACGACCGCUUUGAAAUGGUUCGUUCCAAGGGAGAGAUUGUAAUUAACGUUGCAUCGAGUGGUAUAGCAUCGUUAUUGCUCCCCGGUGGAAGAACAACUCAUUCUCGAUUCGGACUACCCAUAAAUGUACACGAGAGUUCCACCUGUAGCAUAUCGCAACAAAGUCCACAGGCGGAGUUGUUCAUAAGGGCAAAGCUUAUUAUAUGGGACGAGGCUCCUAUGAUGCAUAGAUACUGUUUUGAAGCGCUUGACAAGACAAUGAAGUCAAUAUUACAGGUUGAAAAACUCUUUGGUGGAAAGGUAGUUGUUUUUAGAGGAGAUUUUAGGCAGAUUUUACCAGUUGUGCUCAAAGCAUCAAGGCAGGACAUAGUACAUGCUACGAUAAACUCCUUUUCGCUGUGGAAUUUCUGUCGUGUCAUGAAGUUGAUUAAGAACAUGAGAUUGCAGUCAUGCUCUUCUCCAUCUAACGUGGAUGAGGUAAAAGAAUUUGGAGACUGGAUACUGAAGGUUGGUAGUGAGGAUGUUGGGGAACAAAAUCAUGGUGAAGCUUCGAUAGUGAUUCCCGAUGACAUGUUGAUUGGUGAUUCAGAAGAUCCAUUCAGAGACCUACUGGAAUUCGUUUACCCGGAUUGUUGA